GCCAGGCCUCCCUAUGAAUUAAAUUCAGAGGCCACCUGCAGCAAUAACUGCUAUGCUCAAGUUACCUAUCUCAUGAUGCACCUACACCUACACCUAUAAAAGCACGUCCACGUAUCUGCACAGUGAUCAUGACCAUGACCAUGAUGCCUAUGAUUUGAACUACUACUCAUCCUCAUGCUCAUGGCCACAGCUAGGAACCCACCAGCAGAGCAAUGUUCACCAUCGCGAGUACCCCCGCGAAACAGAGUGUCUUUGAGACCAUCUCAACUUUAGCCUCGAGACUAUCAAGUUCCACAUUACUUGAGGAUCGACGCGCUGCCAUCCUAGGACUUCGAUCGUUUGCAAAGGAAUACCCAGCAUCUGUCGCAUCAGAUGCCUUACGAGGGCUAAUUGCGAGUUUAAGCAAAGAUGGCGAAGACGUGGAUACGGUUAAGCUAGUGCUGGAAACAUUGUGGAUGCUAUUCAAUCCCAACGAAAAUAGUCCCGAAGCAUCAGAAGAGAUUGCCCUGUGGCUCGCAGACGAAUUCACACAGAGACAGGACAACAUCACGCUUCUGCUUCAUUUUCUGGACUCAAACGACUUUUACUCAAGGCUCUACUCCCUACAACUCCUUUCUGCCAUCUUAGCCUCCCGAACGGAACGAACGGAAGAAUGCAUAUUUAUGGCGCCACUGGGAAUCUCCAGACUCGUCGCUGUGUUGGAUGACAGGAGGGAAGCGGUGCGAGAUGAGGCUCUUUCGCUGCUGACCUACUUGACUCCCAAUUCCUCGGAGAUCCAGAAGUUGGUAGCUUUCGAAAAUGUCUUUGAACGUAUAUUCAAUAUUAUCAAACUAGAAGGUUCCAUUUCUCAGGGUGGUCGUAUAGUGGAGGACUGCUUGAUUCUACUUGCCAAUCUGCUUCGACUCAAUGUAUCAAACCAAUCUUUCUUUCGAGAGACCAAUUGUGUCGCUAAGUUGGCACAACUCCUAAGCAACGCCAUUAGCGGUGAAGGCACAGAGGAAGAGGUUGCUGCAUGGGCGCAGAUGCAAAAGAAUAGAAACACGUUCGCGCUUUUGGCAGUUCUGCGGCUGUUCCUCAUCACUGGUGGAGUUGGCACGCAGGCCAAUCAAGCUUCCUUUUGGCAACAUGAUAUUCUGGCUAUGGUUCUUCAGAUAGCGUUCAGUCGUGCAACGGAAAUGCCGAUAAAGGCGGAGGUAAGGUUAUCAAUUUCCUUCUAAAGGAGUGGAUGUUGAUUUUAUAUUCCAGGCUCUAAUCACCUGUUCGGACAUAAUCCGAGGCAACUCCAGACUCCAAGAGCAAUUCGCCCAAUUGCAAGUUACUUCUGUUCUCGAUGAGCCUCCCAUAGAUGGAGCUGGUACUCAGCGUAAUGGGGUUCCUAAAGUGUAUGUGAUUGAUGGUUUACUAGACCUCACUUUGAGCGUCCCUUCGGUAUCUGCUUUCGAUUCUCGCAUGGCCGCCUGUGAAUGUAUUAAAGCAUACUUUUUCAACCAUCCAGCUAUCCGAAAGCAUUUUCUCAAACGUGCCAUCGACGGUCAUCUCACUGGGGCCGAUGAAACCGCGAAUGUGUUGACGACGCUUCUACAACCCGUAGACGUCCAUGUUGCAGGUGGUGACCCUUAUCGAUAUUGGUUUGCAGCUGUCAUACUCUUCCAUUUGAUUUAUGAAGACGGAGAGGCAAAAAGUCUGGCGAUGACCGUCGCCGAAGGUGAUGCAUCCAAUGGCGAGGAAGUUGUGACUUGCAUACAAACAUUGACAGAAAAUUUGAUUAUUGGCAUUCAAAAGAGCGCCGACGAACGGGUACUGGUUGCUUACCUCAUGCUCUUGUCCGGGUGGUUAUUCGAGGACCCUGACGGAGUUAAUGAUUUCCUCGGGGAGGGCAGCAAUAUUCAGAGUCUGGUUCAAGCAGUGGUACGACCAGGAGCUGAGGUAAUAUUAGUGCCCGGCCUUUCUGCUAUGCUCUUGGGUACCAUCUAUGAGUUCUCGACCAAGGACUCGCCUGUCCCCAGAGCAACAAUACAUCCUAUCUUAGCAUCUCGGAUGGGCCGUGAUCAAUACAUUGAUCGCGUUAUGAAACUGAGAAGUCACCCCCUUUUACGAGAUUUCGAGGUACUUCCGCAAAAACUCAGCUCGGCGCCUCAGGGUGGGCUUCCUGAGGUGUUCUUUGACAAGACAUUUGUUGAGUUCAUCAAAGAUAAUUUCAGCCGUAUGCUCCGUGCAAUUGACCGAGAUCCAGGAAUGGAGGUCCCAGUCAUUGCAAAUGGGAUACGAAAGGGGAUAUCGAGGGAAAUGGUCGAUUCUCUUCGGUCACAGCUUGAAGAAAAGACAAGCGCACUGGAAAAGUCACAGGAAGCUUUACUGGCUGUGGAGAGACAGCUUGGCCAGGAACAGGCAGACCAUCGCCGAGCGAAGGAGACCUCAGUAGUGGAGCUUGCAAGAAUAAAGCAGGUGAACGAGUCACUUCAACGACAUCACGAAGAAGAGAUGAGGUGAUUAGAUGCGUUGUGUUCAUAUUUUGUCAAAAUUGCUAAUGAUUUAUAGUAAACUACAAGAGGAACAUAACAAGGUUAUUCAGGAUCAUCAAAGACAACUUGAGCAUGUCCAAAAGACCAGUGAAGCAAACAUUGAACGCAUACGAAAGCGUGCUGGGGCUGAGAUUUCGGACCUCCAAAACAAUAUUAGCAGAUUAGAAGCAGAUCUUGAAAAGGUAAGCUAACCACAUUAUCUUAUCAAAAGCUCUAUCGCUGACGCUCCUAGACAAACAAAAACCACCUUCAAGAUCUCAAAACUGCGCACGAUGAAUAUAGUGCAAACCAAAGCGAGCAAGCAGGACGCUUGCAGCGUGCCGAUGAGAAAGCCAAAGAUGCUGAAGAACGAAUCGAAGUUGCAAAGAAGAAAGUUGCAAAAGGCGAGAAGGCAUUGGCUGAGAAGGAGAAGGAGAAAGAGGCGGUACAGGGAGAACUUGACGACCUACUGAUGGUUUUUGGUGAUCUGGAAGAAAAGGUCGAGAAGUAUAAGGGGAAAGUCAAGGAACUUGGUGGGGAGGUUUCAGAUGAGGACGAUGAUGAUGAAGAUGGGGAUGAAGACGACGAGGAUGAUGACGUGGAUUAACGCUUACGUGCGAAUACAUACAUUGAAAAGAAUGAGUUGCAUACUGUUUUGUUGUUGUCAAUUUAGCGAGUACUUAUGUAUAAACUGGCAUUAUUUCAUUUCAACAAUUUGAAGAACAAGUACAAUCAUAGCAA